AUGAGAUGGAUAAAAGAUUUGACUCACAAAAAUUUCAGUCUGUCAAUCAAGGAUCAUGAUGGUGGUGUUACAAAUACUAAAACCAAAGGGAAAAAGAUAACAGCUGCAGAAGGAAUCCAAGGUGGGAAUUUCAGUUACAAACAGAUUAAAGCUGCUACAAAAGAUUUCAAACCUGCUAACAAGAAUGGUGAAGGUGGUUUUGGAUCAGUUUAUAAGGGAAAACUCCCUGAUGGAAGGGCAAUUGCAGUGAAGGUCAUAUCUCCAAAUUCAAUGCGAGGAGAGAAAGAAUUUCUCAGUGAAAUAAACACAAUAUCAAGACACCCAAAUAUAGUUGAAUUGUUUGGCCAUUGUGUUGCAACGGAUAACAAGUUCGUAUCAGUGUACCAAUACCUGGCUAAUGGAAGUUUAGACAAUGCAUUAUUUCGCAAUAAAAAUCUUAAGAAGAGACUGAACUGGGAGAUUAGAGUUAAAAUCUGCAUCGAUAUAUAG